CCGGAUUUUUGGGGGGGGCCCCCCCCAGGGAAGAAGAGAAGAAGACGAGGGGGGACCAUUUCAAACUGCGCUUCCGCAAGAACUUCCAGGCGCUGCUGGAGGAGCAGAAUUUGAGCGCGGCCGAGGGCCCCAACUACGUCUCGGCCUGUGCCCCCCCCUCCCGCCUCCCCCAGCGCCAUUUUUGUGCCGUCUGCGGCUUCCCCUCCCCCUACACCUGCGUGGCCUGCGGCGCCCGCUACUGCUCCGGCCGCUGCCUCGGCACCCACCAGGACACCCGGUGCCUGAAAUGGACCGUGUGACCUUUGACCUUUGGGGACAACAAAAGGGACUUCGGCCUCACCCCCCCCCCAACCCCCCCCCCCCCCCUCCUUUUUUUUGUCCCGUGGGGAUCAAAACGCCC